AUGUGGUGGGCGGUGUGGUGUGCGGUGGUAGCUGCUGGUGCGGGAGCAGCGUCUGCGCCGGCGCCCGACUCCAUCGCACCUCUCGACUUGGUACAAAUGGACUCUCAGGCGACUGACGAUCUUCCGUAUGGUUCCCAGGAGGGCAUCAACUACGGUAUUCCCCCGAUGGGCAGUCGAUACGCUUCAGGCACUCCCUGGCUGUACCUCCUAGCAGAGAUGCCGCGUGAAUCACAGUUUAUGCAAGAGGUAGUUAUAACUAGAAUUAUGUCAAAUUACGUCAUUGAUAAAGUACCCAUUACAUAUUUGAAUGUUUAUACAAGCCCCGAGCAUCUUUAUGAUAAUAAAAAGAGUAUUGAAGAUGUGAUGCUUUACCAUUUUACCGAUGAAAUCAUUUUCAAAUCAAGUCACAACUUAAAGAUUUUGAAUGGGUAUAAAGUAUCCAUUAAAAUGAAAUACAAAAGAUGUAACCUCGGUCGAUCCUUUCGAGACACAUGGAUCAAAUCAUGGAGAUCAUGGGGACACGUCGUGGUCAAAGAUGGCGUAGCUACUAAGGGGCUAGGCGGGGCAGUGCCCCAGGGCCCUCAAGCUCAGGGGGCCCUCGAAUCUUUACCAGAAAAUCUCAAUCGAACUCAACUUUUGAAAAUUUCUGCCAUCUUCAAAAUAAAAAUGACAGUAAAAAAGAAGAAGAAAAGCGCUUUGUACGGCAUCUUGGGAUAUCAACCAAGUGAGGAUAUCCCGCCGUGCGUCUACAUUGCCGAUGGUAAAAUGGUGAAGGCGGAAUGA